AUGCUUCAGCGCGGUGAACCUCCGCCGGCACCGGGCGUGCAACCGAUCCUGCGUGACGUCUUCGUGAAGGGCGACUCCUGGUUCAGAUCUGGAGACCUUUUGAGCAAGGACGCCAAGGGCUUGUGGUACUUCGUGGACCGCAUCGGCGACACCUUCAGGUGGAAGGGCGAGAACGUGUCCACCAUGGAGGUGUCCCAGGUCCUGUCCACCCUAACGGGGGUGGAAGAGGCCAAUGUCUACGGCGUGCAGGUUCCUGGGGAGGCAGAUGGCCGCGCUUGCAUGGUGGCGCUCAGUGGGCAGGGCCUGGAGACCACAGAGAAGCUGGACGAGCUGCAGAAGCUCUGUGAGCAGGAGCUGCCAAGCUACGCUCGGCCCAAGUUCCUGCGGUUUUUGUCGGAGAUGGAGACCACUGGAACCUUCAAGCACCAGAAGGUGCAGCUGAGGGAGCAGGGCUUCGACCCAGCGAAGGUGUCGGACCCGGUCUACGUCUUCCACCCGGAGCUGAAGCGCUACGAGCGCCUGGACAAGGCGCUCAUUGCGAAGCUGCUCACUGGCAGUUCCAAGUUGUGA